UAGUCGUCGGAGGAGGGCUCUCCAUCAAGCCGCGCAUCCCGCUCCAGAGCGCCGACAACCUUCACUUCACUUUCACGCGCAUUGAAACCCGCCCGGUCCCGUGCGUUGCCCCCCUCCUGAGAUGCGAUACUAUUGUACAAUUCCCCGGAGAAUAUCUUCAUCUUGCGUGGCUCCUCGCUGAUAGAGAGCAUGCCCGACACGGGGUCGGCGGCGACGGGCGCCUCGGCCGCCGGUGCCGCGUCCGGUAACGGUGACGGCACCGAGAGCUCCCGGCACCGACACCGCGCACAGCAGGGAGAGGCGGAGAGGCCGGAACCGGCCGCUGCCCCGUCACAUGGCUCCUCCGGUGUACUGGAUAAGCUGUUUGGGAAGCGGCUGCUGCAGGCUGGCAGACACAUCAUGUCUCAUAAGUCCUGGAUGAAAACGGUGCCCACGGAGAACUGUGAUGUCCUCAUUACAUUUGCAGACACUACGGAUGACCACACGUUGCUAUGGCUACUGAACCACAUCCGGCUGGGAAUCCCAGAGCUCAUCAUCCAGAUACGACAUCACAAGCACACACAAGUCUACGCUUUCUUCGUCACUGCUACGUAUGAAAAUCUGCUGCGAGGUGCUGAGGAGAUGGGAUUGAGGAAAGCAGUGAAGCCUGAGUUUGGCGGAGGAACACGAAACUUCUCGGGUGAGGAGGAUUACAUCUACGAGAACAUCGAGAGUGAGCUGUGCUUCUUCACUUCACAGGAGAGGCAGAGCAUCAUUAAAUACUGGCUGGACAAUCUAAGGGCCAAACACGGGGAGGUGCUUCAUAAUAUCAACUUCCUGGAAGGCCAGCCAAUUAUCUCGGAGCUGAGUGCUCGAGGUGUGAUCCAACAGCUAUUUCCUCUCCACGAGCAGAGGAUCCUCAGCCAGCUGAUGAAGUCCUGGGUCCAGGCCGUCUGUGAGAAACAGCCUUUAGAUGAUAUCUGCGACUACUUUGGGGUGAAGAUUGCCAUGUAUUUUGCCUGGCUGGGAUUCUACACCACUUCUAUGUUGUAUCCUGCUGUGAUCGGCUUUGUGCUGUGGAUGCUCACAGAGUCGGAUCAGACGAGCCGGGACAUCUGCUGUGUGGUGUUUGCACUGUUCAACGUGGUGUGGGCCACUCUGUUUCUGGAGCGGUGGAAGAGGAGGGGCGCCGAGCUGGCCUUCAAGUGGGGAACGCUGGACACGCCACCCGAAUCCCUGGAGGAACCACGGCCCCAGUUCCGGGGAGUGAAGCGCUGCAGUCCCGUGACAGGUUGCGAGGAGUUCCACUACCCUCCGUGGCGGCGGCGUGUUUUCAGGUGGCUGGUCAGCCUUCCCAUCUGCAUCCUCUGCCUCUGCUUUGUCUUCCUGGUCAUGCUCAUCUGCUUUGAGCUGCAGGAGUUUGUGAUGGGGAUCAAAGAAAUGCCUCGCCUCGCUCGCUUCAUCCCCAAAAUCAUGCUGGCUAUCACUGUGACGGCUUGUGAUGAGGUGUACAGGAAAAUCGCCUGCUGGCUCAACGACAUGGAGAACUAUAGACUCCAGAGUGCCUACGAGAAGAAUCUCAUCAUCAAAAUGGUUCUUUUUCAGUUUGUAAAUUCUUAUCUUAGCCUUUUUUACAUUGGAUUCUACCUCAAGGACAUGGAGCGUCUAAAGGAGAUGCUGGUGCUGUUGUCUCUGUUAAGGAGUCUGCAGCGGCAGGUCCGGAUCAAUGUGCUGCCUUCCCUCUUCCUCAAGAUCCAGAUGUUUGUGGUCUCUGUUCCCUGGAUGUUCAGGGCUUUACUCAGGUCCAAAAUGCUGGCCACUCUACUCAUCAUACGCCAGUUCCUUCAAAACGUGAAGGAGGUGCUGCAGCCUUACCUUUAUGAGCGACACAAGCUGGGAGAGCUCACGCUGCGAGCUGUGUGGGACCUUCUGCUCUCGGUGCUGCUGAAGUACGGCCGGCUGGCAGCUGGAAAAGCCCACGUCUCCCCCAGCGAUCAGGCCAUGCCAGGGCCCGGACUGAGGGGCACCAGGCCUGGAUUGGGGCCGCUGGAUAGAAGGGAGAAGAAGUGUUUGAACGGAGGCUGCGGGGUGCCGGAGGAGGAGGAGCGAGGGGAGAAGGACGAGGCCGACAGCGGGAGGUUCAGUGAAGGAGAGACGGAGGAGGAGAGCCUGAUUGACUGCGGUCUGAAGCUGAGGAAGGUCAGCUUCAUAGAGAAGGCGGACAGAAGACCAGCCUGCAGCGGGCCGCCCAUGCACACCAGUUUCCUGGAGGAAGGGAGCCCCACAAUGGUGGAAAAAGGAAUGGACCCUGCCUCUGUAUUUGAGAUGUGUGACGAGGACGACGAUAAUGGCAUCCACGACGUGAAGGAGUCGGGGGGCGGAGCGACGGGUGCGGCCGAGGGAAUAAACGCUGGCGCCCGGGCGGCUGCGCUGGCGGACAGCAGCGCGUCCCUGCGACACAGAAGAAGAGGCAAGAGCACAGAGAGAGUUGAGCCGAAGACAAAAAGGGAGUCGUGGAUUAACCCCCCCGAAGAGAGAGAGAACAACACGCUGACUCAGGCUGAGAUGGAGAGCUGCAUGCAGACAUAUGCUGACACCUUCCAGGACUACCAGGAGAUGUUUGUCCAGUUUGGUUACGUGGUGCUCUUCUCCUCGGCCUUCCCUCUGGCUGCCAUGUGCGCUCUCAUCAACAACAUCAUUGAAAUCCGCAGUGAUGCCUUCAAGCUCUGCACCGGUCUGCAGAGGCCCUUUGGAAUCAGAGUAGAGAGCAUCGGCCAGUGGCAGACAGCGAUGGAAGCCAUGGGCCUGAUUGCCAUCAUAGUGAAUUGUUACCUGAUUGGUCAGUGUGGUCAGCUGCAGCGCCUCUUCCCGUGGCUCAGCCCCGAGAUGGCCAUCAUCUCCAUCGUUAUCCUCGAGCACUUUGCCAUCCUCCUGAAGUACGUCAUCCACGUGGCCAUCCCUGACAUUCCCACAUGGGUUCGAGAGGAGAUGGCUAAACUGGAUUAUCAGCGCAGGGAGGCCUUUAAGAAGCAUGAGCGGCAGGCGCAGCAGCAUUACCAGCAGCUGCAGAGGAGGAAGAGGGAGGAGGAGGAGAGGCAGAGGCAGGCGGAGCAUAUGGCCCGCAGGGAAAGGGAGCGCGACGAGAGCAAGGGCGACUCCUCUGGAGAUCACCACCACGAGAAAAGUCACAGCGGCAAAUCGCGUUCCGCGGGCGGAGGGGGGGGGGGCAGCGGCUCGGACAAACCCAAGAGGCCGAGCUCCCUGUUGGCCAACAACAACGUGAUGAAGCUGAAACAGAUCAUCCCGCUGCAGAGCAAGUUCUCCUCGAGCGGCGCCCGCUCCCCCCAGUCUCCCACCGGGAGUGAGCCCAAGCUGCCCGGGUUCCUCAGCUUCAAAUUCCUCAAGUCGCCUGAGAAUAAGAAGGAGGCUUCUGCGGCCGCCACCGCAGCCUCUAACACCACAGCGUCAUCAUCAUCAUCAUCAUCAUCAGGUAGCAGCUCCCAGGAGCGUUCUCAGUCACCCAGCAAGGCCUUCAACCCUGGGAAACUGUUCAACUUUGGGAAAUCUGAGGGCGGGACAUGUGUGAACGGCGCUGCGCCGCCCAGACCGGGGGAGGGCUCGUCGUCACAGGCGGCGUCCAGGUCUGACUUGAACGGUGUUCCAGACGAGAUCCCCUCGCCUGGAGGGGAAGGCUCACAGAACGGCCACGCAACAGUCUUGGACCCGGCCGGCUCUAAAGUCUAGUAUCUCCAUGGAGAGCGAGCAGGAGGGGUGUGUUUACUGUGACGACAGGCCCGACCCUCUGUGUGCAGAGGUACCUGAAGAGGAGAGAGGACGAGAUGGAACUGAUGUUUGGGGUUCCUCUUUUUUUUGUUUUGUUGCUGAGACAAAAGAAAACAGCCCUCUUAUCAUGACCGAGUAAACACACACACACACACACACACACACACACACAAAUCCUUCCUUGUCUGCAAUACAGAAAGAAAUGCAUGAGCUGCAUUUCUAAUAUUUCUAACCUUUAAAGCAGAGAGCUGUGUUUCUUGAUUUCUUCUAGUCAUAGAUUGUAAGCAUCUUGUUGCCCCCCCCCCCCCCCCCCUGUAGGACCACCUGUUGGGAAGGGAUUUGAUUUGGACAUCACAACACACGUGAUUAUUAGAUAUUGUCUAAUAUAAGCUAUUCUUGGGCCCUUCACUUUUCUAUUGAAGUGGAAAGAAAGGAAAAGCAAUAGCAAUCAGUUUGAAGUAUUCUCAUUAGUCGUAAGGUCCCUUCCUCCCUUAAGAAGCAUCCCUGUGUAUCACCAGCUUUAUUUUCAAAGCAGGUGAUGUCCGAGCUUUGACCCCUCGUUCCCAUCCUGUGAAUUUGCUAGAAAAGGAAGUUAAGAACUUACUAAGUUUUCAUGUACCAGUAUUUCCCCCAAGAGUUUAAAGAAUAAAGAAGAUUUUGGGGAAAUGGCGCAUGCAAAGCCGCUGUUCUCCUUACGAGGGCGCAUUGUAAACACAGAUGGGGCUUCAUUUCACAAACUCUUACCAGAUUUGGCAAACCAGCAUAGAGUUGAAGAAGAAACAUUUGCACUGAAGCCUUAGGCCCUGCGUAGAAAGCCGUCUCGCUCUGCAGGAGAGGACCAACGCCUCAUUUCACAAAGUACGUGCUCUCUACUCACCUGCUCUCAGCAACUAUCGCAUUCCCUGAAUAUUAAGAUGGUUUUGUGUCAUUUUACAAAAGUUACUGAAGCUCUUCUGUUGUGCUCAGUAUCUUUUGUGCACGCACCAUUUGCUUCAUUUAUCACAGUGCUGAUAAUGGGACUUCACCUUUUUAACCAAAGCGGUAUUUUUGGAAUUGUACUGCUUGUCUAAGAUGUAUGUGUACUGUAUGUUCUGUUGAUCUACAUGAUGUACAUCAACACAGUCUAUGGUAUGUAUUACGCAACCCACCAUACGACAUUAACAGGUAUUUCAUGCCUAAAGGGUCUCCAGGAGGUGGCGCCAGAGUAUAUAUACACACGCAUAGCUAAACGUGUUCUGAAUUCACAUUGAGCCAUGAUCACUCCAUCGUCAUCAGUGUCCAAAAGGGGCCAGUAGGGCGUUGGGCUGCAAUGUAAGAACACUUUGAAGGGAAAACGUAUUAUGGUGACUUUAGAGGAGUCCGUCACACUGUAGUAAGAGAUACAGAAACAUUAACUAUGCAUUUUCAUCACAUUUUGGCAAUAACACAGUUUCUGGAGACUGACACGUAUAGUGUGAGUCUGGAUAAACCCCCCCACAUGGUAGUGUAUUAUCCACAACCACUAUGCAUCUUUUCUUUGUGUCGCUUCAAUUUCCGCUGACAGCUCCCUCCUGUCUCAUAUUUAACAGGAGGAAUCGCCUCCUUACCAACAAUUAAUACAAUAAUUACAACUCAUCCAUCUUCCACUUUGCGUGUCUAGUCGAGGAGUGAUGACAAUGAACUGCAAAUUGCUUUUUCAAUGGUGUCGCUUCUUUCAUGUGUCUGUAGCAACUUUAAAAUAAGUUCAGUCACAGGCCUAAAGAAAACACAAAAAUGUACUUCCGCUGACAGGCAAGAAAAUCUUAGACAUUAAAUGCAAUAAGGAAAUAGACAGGACGUCAAUUUGUAUCAUCUCGUGUCCUUUAAAAUGAGGAGUGCAAGGCUAAGAGACAUUGAAUAUAUUCCGUGUCCUUGUGUAUCACAGGCUGGUUAUUGUUAAAGAGACACAUGACAGAACCAGAAGGACGGUAAGGGCUGAGCAUUGCCUCAUCAUAUCCUUUUUUUACACCAUGAUGCAAUACAGUCCAAAUACUAAUCAUUUGAAAGAUGGUGUCAAAUGGCUAAAGCGACCCUGCUGGGACAAGGCAACAGUUUAGGUCACACCUUCAUGUUUGUAGUCCAUUUUAUGGAGGGAAAUGGAUCGCAUUGACCAACGUAUCCCUUCUUUCAUCCUUGCACUGUUGGCAGCAACAGCGACUUCAUGUCGUUCAGAUGGAGGUUUCUGCAGAAGUACUGUUUGAAGUGAAUUAAGAGAUCUUGGCUAUCAAUAAAAGCUCCAAGAGACGAGACAACACUGGGCGACGCUCAGAUUUAACAUCUGUUUGCAAUUCACUAUCAAAGCAACAGCAGGUCUUUAAACCACGUUGGAUACCCCUAACCCUUCUGCAUUAGGUGAAUGUUGAGGUUCUCACUACAGCUAAAUUAGAACCUGACCCCGUCUUCACGAAGGAAUCGCUUACUGAACAUCAUUUGCUCUUCCAAUGUACAAAGUGGAUUCAAGAGGAAUACUGGGAAAUGGGAUUAUCUAUUUCUUUUUAAUUUAUUUUGUCAUAUUUUUGUAAGACUGAAUAGUUAAUAAAAACUAUUUCAAAUGCA